AGUACUGUAUGUCUGUCCUGUUGUUCGCUAAAAAUGCCUCGUCAGCAAUGCACGUGAGCGAGCAAAGGUUGCUAAAGCGCAUUGGGCGCACGCGCAAGUAAAUUGCGCAUGCGCAGGUGAAAGAGGAUUUUCCUUGUUUUCCUCGGUGUGUUUCGAUGGAAGGGAGUAUAUACAAUGAGUCAAAUACGCCAAAACUACCACGAAGACUGCGAAAAGGGCAUCAACCAGCAGAUAAACCUCGAGCUCUAUGCCUUCUACACGUACACUUCCAUGUCACACUACUUUGAACGUGACGAUGUGGCUCUGCCUGGUUUUGCCAAGUACUUCCGCAAGUCAGCCUCUGAGGAGCUGGAGCAUGCCAGGACCCUGAUGAAGUAUCAGAACGACCGAGGAGGCUGCGUUGUCCUCCAAGACAUCAAGAAGCCAGCCAAGGACGAGUGGGGGAGUGGCCUGGAGGCCAUGCAGACAGCAAUGGAUCUGGAAAAGACGGUGAACCAGGCGCUCCUUGACCUCCGAAAGCUUGCCGACACUCACGGUGAUGCCAAUAUGGAAGAUUUCCUAGAGAGCAGUUUCCUCACAGAGAAAGUGGAGGCAAUGAAGCAGAUGGGAGACUACGUAUCUCAACUGAGGAAGGUUGGCCCUGGCCAUGGAGAGUUUGACUUUGACCACGAAACUCUUGGGGAGUGAGCAGCUGUGUACUGUCAUUUUACCACAAUCCAGACACAGCCCAGCAGCCACCAAUCAUCAGCUAUUAGUCUCACGUUUAACCACAAUAGUACAGCAUUCCAAACUCUGCACCCCACAUGACAUCCUUUGGGGAUCUGUGUUGUUUUGCAUGUCCUCCCACUUGUAUAUCUGCAUAUUUUUUUGCUGCUGAGAAACUAGUGACACGCCCAUUUCUCA